AUGGCUCCGUUCCGCUCCGGCCCGGCGUGGUGGCGCCUCCUGUCCCUGGCCGUGCUCGGCCCCGCGCUCUGCGGCCGCCCGGCGCGGGCCGAGCCGGAGCCGGGGCCGGGCCCGGCGGCGGAGGGGGACCCGCACGGGCGGCACCUCUACAGCGCGGAGAUGCUGCGGCACGGCGCCGCCGCCGCCCCCCACUUCGUCAUGUUCUUCGCCCCGUGGUGUGGACAUUGUCAGCGCCUCCAGCCAACUUGGAAUGACUUGGGAGAUAAAUACAACAACAUGGAAAACCCACAGGUCUAUGUUGUUAAAGUGGAUUGUACUGUAGAUCUUCCACUGUGCUCUGAAUUUGGCGUGCGAGGAUACCCUACGCUAAAGUUGCUUAAACCGGGACAAGAACCUCUGAAAUACCAAGGCCCUAGGGACUUCCAGGCACUGGAAAACUGGAUGUUGGAGAAAUUAAAUGAGGAACCAUCUGACCCUGAAUCUGAUGUGGAACCACCAAAAGCCCCUGAACCUAAGCAAGGAAUGUAUGAACUCUCAGCAGACAAUUUCAAGAUGCACAUAGCAGAAGGUAAUCACUUCAUCAAGUUCUUUGCCCCUUGGUGUGGUCACUGCAAGGCUUUGGCCCCAACCUGGGAGCAGCUGGCUCAAGUCUUUGAGCAUUCGGAAACUGUCAAAAUUGGUAAGGUGGACUGUACUCAGCAUUAUGAAGUCUGCUCUGAAGCCCAAGUUCGUGGUUAUCCCACACUCCUCUGGUUUAGGAAUGGUGAAAAGGGUGACCAAUACAAAGGGAAGAGGGACUUUGAUUCCUUGAAAGAAUACGUGGAUUCCCAACUGCAGAGCUCUGGGAAAGAGCCACCAGCAGAUAAACCUGUUGAAGCCCCCCCACAGCCACCUGCAGAGCCCACCCCUGUUGAGGGGCAGGCUUCAGUGCUCGCUCUCUCUGAAAAAGACUUUGAUGCAACCAUUGCUAGGGGGAUCACCUUUAUUAAAUUCUACGCUCCAUGGUGUGGUCACUGUAAGAACUUGGCUCCAAUCUGGGAGAACCUUGCCAAAGAGAAAUUUCCAGGUUUGACUGAUGUCAAAAUAGCAGAAGUGGACUGCACUGUGGAACGCAACAUCUGCAACAGAUUUUCUGUCAAUGGUUAUCCUACACUUCUGCUUUUCCGAGGUGGAAAGAAAAUCGGUGAACACAACGGAACGAGAGACCUCAAAUCACUGCAUAACUUUGUCCUGCGUCAGGCAAGGGAUGAACUGUAAUAAAAGUCUGGAUGCUCUGUACCCUGGCUGUCUCUGUACAGUAGCUGAGGGAUUUCUAUCUUUGCUGAUUUUUAAAUAGUGUAUUUGGGGGGGGUGGGGCUUUUUUUGUUUAUUUCUUUCUAGGAAAUUGAAUGUACUAAACUUUGGUAUCUUCCCCUUGUGUGUGUGUUAGAGACAUGUGUGUGUGAAGGAAAACUAACAAGUAGUUACUGUGCAAAUCAAGAGUAUUUUCAGCAUUGGUAGUUGCACUGCAUUUCUGCAUUCCUGCAAUGAAGUGUAAAUGGUUUCCUUUGAGACCAAAAUACGUUAAGAAAACCAACUGAAGGGCAGCAGUAGAAUAUUUUUGUCAUCAGGUUAGAUCUGGUUAAAAAGUAAUCCUUACAAACUGCUUACUAUUACUAGAAAGGCAAAAGCUACAGCUGUAUUUAGUCACUUUUGCCUCUAAAAUUGUAUACUUAAUCCUUAUUUGUCUUAAUAGAGCUGCUGAAAGGUUGAAAACACACACACCUUUGGAAGAUACCAGGCCACCACGAGCUGGUUGUUUCCUGUUAAUCCUCUCAGCAUGGGAGGUCUAGCCAUAAUGAAAGUGAUGGUACUGUAACAUGUGCCUGAACAUUACUGAUGCCAUAGUGUACGUGUGUCAGGUGCAUUUCCAUAGGCUGCUGCCAUCCAGCUCCAGAGGCACAACUAUGCUCUACUUCUCUAGAGCCAGAGUGAAAAAUAGGUGCUGUUAUAACUCCCCGUUAAUGGGAAAUGAUCAGUCAGACUCCAGAGCUAAGGACGUGUUUCCUACCCCCGCCUGAAUCCAGAUAUUGUGCUGACCUGCUCCUUAGUCAGAGUACCUAGAGAACAACAAGUAAUACAAUGUUUAAUUGUUUUUUUCCAUUCAGCUCUUCUGCAGUAGUUUAAAAUAGUUCCCCCCCUCCUCUUGAGCCUUAACGUUUUUCCAAGCUGUAAGCAUUGAUAAGUUUGAGUGCUAGGACCACACACUUUGUGGUGUCUUGGAUUAUAAUAUGAAUCUAUUCUUUGGUGCAUAAGAUGUUCCAUGUUAGACUUAACCAAAAGCCAAAGAAUUUACAUAGCAGAGACUGUCAUGAUACAAAGGCAACAGCAAACCAAGGACUGAAUUCUGCUGUCUCAUGUGCACGGAAACUCAUGAGGAAUGAGGAUUGCUACAGGCUAAUUUGACUAAUCUGUCAAGAUGCUGGGUUUUGUCCAUCAUAUGGAGUAAGUUGGGUUGCUUUUCUUUUUUAUUAAAAAAAAAAGGCAAAACAUCAAUGAACUUUUAAACCAGUGAAUUUCUCCUGGUUCUUCACUUCACUGUCUGUCCAGAACUUCUGAUUCUGUUCAGUCUGAAAAUGUGUGAAGGUGAAAAAGCCACAGUGAAAGCUAAGUGUUGUACUGGCAGAUGUAUUGGAUCAACGUGUGUACUUCUGCCUUUCAGGAAGCCUUUAUUAUGUUUUUAACAACUUUCUAGUGAAGCACAAUCUCAUGAGUUUCUUGUAUAAAAUCAAAGUGGUACAAUUGUUUACACUGAGAUUUUUCUAAAUAAAAACUUUUUAAAAAAGCAGUCUUUCUAUAAAUGAUACAGCACAAUGAAUAUACAAUGACAAGUGCAAUAAAUUAUAGCUUGUAUUUACAAGAAGCCUUUUAAAUGCAAGUAGAGGUAAGUGCAUUUAAUACAAGUUUAAUAUUGAUCAAAACAAUUUGCUAUUAGAUUCUGCUAGACAAACCAUGGCUCUACGCUGCAUUUCCUUUAUACCAGUUUGUUAGUUGCAUGAGUUGAAAGGGAAAGAUUGCAAAUUUUGUUGACAUUCUGUCUUCCUGUAAACAAACUGUCCAGCUAGAGGAUGAAUGGCCCCUAAGCUUUUACGUCUGAAUUACAGCUGAAGAAGUGUCCUGACUUCCUUCCUGGGCAAGUGGUGGUAGAUGAGGCAGCUCCACGUGGGGAGUGGAAGGAAGCUGCAUAAGAGCAAGUGUAUAAAUUUGUAUUGCUCAGUCAGAUGGUGAACUGGGAAGACCAGCCAGGGUCUGAGUUCAUGGUAGUGUUUCUAACACAGGGUGCAGCCAUGCCAUCUUACACGUGCAAGAUCUGAGUUAAACGGUGCUGGGAGCAUAAGAGAACUGAAACAUCUGCUUUGGCACAAUUUUAGAUGCUUACUGUCAUGACAGAUGUCAGGAGAAGACUAACAGUCUAGGUGCAGUAACUGGUCCUUCUGGCCAAAAGGAUCUUGCACGAGAUGUACACUUUACGUCUGAAGUACUAACACCACUUUCUUUAGCUUCUCUGCCUCUCCCCCUCAUCUUCCCUCCCUGCCCCCAAAGAAAGACCUCACUUGUUUUUGGUGUUGAGUGCUCAUCUGGUAAAACUGCAGCAUAUAUCCAAGCACCUGCUACAGGUCAAGCUUCUCUGUGAGAUUAAGACCAUCCCAUCCCAGCCAAAUAAAGUGUGUGGGCAUUUUGCUGCUGCUGCUGCUGAGCUGGGCAGCCACCGUGGUGUAGGGUCAGUCUGUAAGAAGUCCAGCAGUUUACUCCCACCCUGGGGGUGGUCCCCACACCCCUUCCUCCCACAAGGCACAUACAUGGUGUUCUGAAGGAUGGUUCAUCACGUGGGUUUUUUUCCCCCCAAGGUCACGAAAACAGGGAAAGGUGUAUCCAAGUUCAUGAC